AUGGAGAUUGAGUUGACGUGUCCUGUUUGCUUGGAUCUUUUUCAAAGACCGAUUGUUCUUCCAUGCUCUCAUAAUCUCUGUACACCAUGCGCGCGGAAAAUCUUGGAACCGAAUGGUGCACCGAAGGCAUGGGCAAAAUGGGUGAAGGAAAACAGAAGCGCGGACUACAAGUCGCACUUGGAACCCGAUGUAAAAUGUCCAACAUGUCGACGUAAAAUACCUUCCGAUCCAAAAGGUGUUGAUGGUCUGCCUCGAAAUUUGAUUUUGGAAAACGUAAUCGAACGAUUCAAGGAAGAGAGAAAAACUCCAGGUCAAGCGCCGGAGGAACCUCUCCUGUGUCAAUUUUGCGAGGAUUACUCCCCCCAAAAAGCUACUUUGAUGUGCAACGAAUGUGCCUUUCUUUACUGUGGGACCUGUUUCGAUGCGUGCCAUCCCAGCAAGGGCCCUUUAGCAGACCACACCAUAGGGCCCGCUGUAGCUAAGCCUCAAAAACGCCAAGAAAAGAGCAUGCAGUGUCAGCAACACAAAGAAGAGAAACUGGCGCUGUACUGCUUUGUUUGCAAGGAGCCGGUGUGCUAUUUGUGCAAAGAGUACGGCACCCACAAGGGACACAACAUGGAAUUGCUUGAGCCUGUAUUUAGAAACGCAAAGGAGGAACUAGCAAGAACAUUAGGCACGCUGACAAGGAAGAAUUACCAUGUGCAAAAGUCUCUUCAGACUUUAGAGGGGAUGUGCACUAUCGCUAAGAAGUCUGGUUGUGACGUCGAGGCCCAUGUGAAGAGGGAAUGCGACUCCUUGACUGCCAUCGUGGAAAAAAAGAAAGCGGAGCUACUUAAAAGAGUUAGUGAUGAAUAUCAAGAUAAGCUAGGAGAGCUUAACGACGCCAUGCACCUGUGUGAACACGUCCUGUUACAAGGUGACGGCUUGGCUGAGUUUACACAAGAAGCUUUGAAGGAGGAUAAUCCUGCAACAUUCCUUCAGACAGCCGACGCCCUAAAGACAAGGUUGAAUCUGAUGCUUGAGACAAUCAGAAAACUUCCACCUGCCUCCUCCAUCACGCCCACUUUUGAUCACAUGGCCGUCGACACUUCAUGGGAAAGAAAAGUGCUCAAGAAAGUCACUUGGCUUCAAAUACCAGGCAACCCUAAGUUUGUUUCCUCUCAAUGCAAAGCUACAAACCGAACAGUCCAGUUGGUGUGGAACGCGCCACCAAGCGCUGUAGACGCUUAUCAUCUGGAGGCCGAUAUCUAUUCACCUCCACAAGAUUCAAAUGAAAAGGGGCAUCAUGAAACUGUCAAGGUGUCUGUGGGGACCGCCUGCAGGUACAACCUUGAGUGUCUUUAUUACAAUGCAAGGGUCACUGCCAGGGUCCGGGCGUCGAACCGCGCUGGAGAAGGACCUUUCUGCCAGGAUGUAACAAUCUACACCGAGAAAGGGUUACAUUUCACUUUGAAUCCCGCUUCAUGUCCAAAACGCGAACUUGUUUUCUCACGUGAUUUACUCGUGGCCAAAUUGACGAGUCCAGUCAUCGCGAAUGUGAUGUCCCACGUGACGCUGGCAAACGGUUGUCACUACUGGAAAGUCAGGAUUGACCAGUUUUCUGGAACCGGUAAUAACGGGUUUGUGGCCGUGGGCGUGGCUAAGGAGCUGGACGAUGGAGGUGUUAUCGGAAAUGACACAAACUCAUACGCUCUACAAAUCUACGAGAACAGUACUCUGUGGUGUGAAAAUAGUCCCAACAGACUUCAAAUCAAACAGAAGGCCAAGGAAAUAAAAGGAAGCAACGUGGCAGUGUUACUGGACUUGGAAAAUCAAAUGAUGAAUGUAUACUGGAACGGCAAACUACAGACCGACGAUUCCCGUCCAGGGGGACCCUCUCUGAUGGGCGUGGUUGGACCUGUGAGGCCGGCCUUUACUGUAUAUGGAAGUAUUGUGCAGCUGAGCUUACAGACUGGAGUGGAAAGACCAGCUGCAUACCCUGAACCUCCCGUUAUUCACCUCGAAGAGUGUAGCGUGGAGAACACCAGAAUCAACCUUGUGUGGUCUCCCCCAGAUAACUGCAACGUGGAUUGUUACAUCGUAGAGAUCGACACCCUAGAUCGGGAGGGGGACAUCCAUCAGGAGCGUAGCUUUACCAAAGUGUACCAGGGACCGCGCACCAAGCACACACUUAGGGGAUUGGACUAUAAUGUGACAGUCCUUGCGCGUGUCAAAGCCUUGAAUACCGCUGGCGAAAGUGAACCGAGCGAUGAAGUGUCACUAUCGACUGAAAAGGGUGUUAUUUUCAAAUUGGACAAAGAAACUUUGCACGAAUCACUUCGCUUGUUUGCUGGAAAUGUGACAGUUAAACAGAACAACAUGGUUCACGGAAACACGUUUGGUACAGCGUUCCUGGCCGAUGGCUGCCACUUCUGGACGAUUAAUAUUGACAGUUUUAAAGGGGAAAAUUCUUUCCUCGCUGUUGGAGUUGCCAAAAGGAUUACCCAAGAUUCCAUUCUGGGGAACACAUCCGGAUCUUAUGCCCUACAAAUUUUCGAAGGCACAACAGCUCGAACUGAGAACGCCAAGCACAAGAUUCAAAUUAAACGAAAAGCGAAAGACCUGAAGGACAGCAGCCUUGGUGUUUUGAUGGACCUAAACAAUCAGUUUCUGAACAUAUACCUUGACGGGGAACUUCAGACAGACAUUGGUCGUCCAAAGGGUCCUAGUUUUAAGGGGUUGAGCGGAGAAUUCUGUGCGGCCCUGUGUCUGUAUGGGACCAAAGUGGAGGUGACCAUGGUAACAGGGAUAGCCACUCCUUCAGUUCCAGACUCUCCGGCAUUCAACAAGGCCAGAUGUAAAGUAAACAACACAACCGUGUUACUUGGCUGGCUGGCUCCUGAAACGAAAUGUUGUGUUGAUUAUUAUGUUCUGGAAGUGGACAUGGUGAAAAGCUCCGAGUUUGCAACACGAAGAAAGAAGGAUCGCAAGUUUAAACGACUGUACGAGGGUGCUGCGCGUGAAUAUGCGCUGUACAGCGUGCCUUACAGUGUAAAUAUCAUUGCGCGCGUGUUUGGCGCGAAUCCGACUGGUGAAGGAACUCCGAGUGAGGAACUCAUUCUUUCAACGCCAACAGGUUUGUACUUCCAACUGGAUCCAUCAUCAGCGAAUCACGACUUGGAACUGACCAAUGAAAAUUGUACUGUGAGUCUGAAAAGUCCCGUGUACACUUUCAUCCUGGGAAAUGUAAAGCUUUCCUCUGCUUGUCAUUAUUGGAGAGUUCAUGUGGAUGAAUUCAACUCUCACAACAAACUCUCCAUCAUCGGUGUGGGUGUCUCUCGAAAAGUUAUCGAGGACCCGAUCCUGGGCGAAGAUUCUGAUUCUUACGCCGUUCAAAUCAACGAACAUCCAAACGCUUCGUGUUCAAACACGAAGAACCGAGUGCAGAUCAAGAGAUCGUCAAAAGAACUUACCCACGCCAAUAUCGGCGUGCUGUUGAACUUAGAUGAUCACUUCUUGAAUUUGUAUCUAAACGGCAAACUACUAACGGAUCCAUCCAGACCAAAUGGGCCGACAUUUGUAGGUUUAUUGGGAGAGUUUUAUCCUGCGUUGAGUCUUUACGGAACAAAUGUUAAAUUGACUGUUCACACCGGCGAGUCUUACGACGAGUGACCUGGCUAAAAUGCAAAUAGCGGAGUAUCUUAAAGGCAUGUGUUUCACACAACUGUAGUUGUGUUCACGUUUAAUCAAGCAAUUUUCGGAUGGGAGUCGAGAGUUGGACGGAACUCGUGUCAAGUUCUCAACCAA